AUGGCGUCUUCCACACCUCCACCAAACGACGAAGCAGUCGCCCACAAAACCAUCUUCGACAAGGGGCUCAAGAUCCGCUACGAAGUAGCCGGCCCAGCCUACGUCGACACCGCCCUGUCUGGCGGCUCCUCCGACUUCGCACGGCCCAUGCAGGAGCUAGUCACGGAGGCCUGCUGGGGAUCCGUCUGGUCGCGCCCGGGACUGGAGAGGAAACAGCGCUCGCUGCUCAACAUUGCCAUGCUGUGCGCCCUAAACAGGGGACCCGAGCUGGCGGCGCACGUGCGGGGCGCGGUGAACAAUGGGGCCAGCGAGGUGGAGAUCAGGGAGACGAUACUGCAGGCAGCAAUCUACUGCGGCAUGCCGGCGGGCAUUGAGGGGACUAAGAUUGCGGAGAAGGUUAUACUGGCUAUCAAGGCGGAGAGACCUGACCAUCCUCCUGAAUUACAACCGUGUCUUCUGGCUUCAGUGCGCGUGGAGUUGCUUCACACUCAUCUUAUCCAUUAG